AUGGUGGCCACGGUUAUUCCGUUCAAGGAAGACGGAGCAGGUGAACAGAGUGCAGCAGGAGACGAGAACGUCUCCCACGUUUGCCCGUCGGCCAUUUUCGAUCAAGGAAAGUUCUUGGCGUUUCUUGCUCACCUUGGCUGGACCGGGUCCUUUGAGGUCCUCGUCAUGGGCCAGCACGAGUCCAGUAUGGGUGUCUGGCGCCAGGGUGGAGAGGACGCCAAACCCAUGGACCUUUUUCUUCACUUUUCGGUCAGACAGAGCGAGGGCCGUCGCGUCGACGCCAGCGUUUUUGUCGGGGACCAGCACGGGCCGCAGAACGGACCAGGACUCGUUUCCGUAAAGAACAACAGCGUCCGCUGCUUCUCGGCACCAGGGGGCGACGACAGCAGGCAGGCGACCACAAGUGAUGCCUUAUUCUCCCUCUUUCGUCGACAUUGUUUGCUCGGCCGAACAGAAGGGCCCGGCGACGCGACCGUCAUCGAGAGCACCGCCGUCGUGGGACCCAACCGACCAACUGCCCCAACAGAUUCGCCUCGCCUCGUGCGGUGGUGCGGUGCGGCGGCAGCAUACGUAGCAUGUCUCGCCUGGUGUCCUGCGCUAGGCGGUUGCUGGCAAAGGCAAAGGAUGACGGCCCAUGUCGGCAUCGUCGUGCCCUCCCCCCGGCUCCUGAGCACCCCGGCUCCCCACCGCCCCCCCCUCCACUCCAUCGUCGAUGGGUGGGAGGAGAGCUGGGGGCGAGCGGCCUUGCCAGGCGUGCGAGCGUUCGGCAGGAGACCCUGGUCAGUCGUGCAUUACCACGGGGUUGGUCCGUUCUUCGGCCUGCAGCCACUGCCGCCCACCAUCGCCGAUGGGGAGCAUGGUGCCGUGCAGUGGACGCGCGCGCGAAGUCUGCGAGCCAGCAUGACUGGCUGCGGGCCGGCCGAGGGCGGUGACGAGAAAGAAGCAAAGGACCGUCGCGGUUCCGCCGUGGUGCAACGAGCAACUGGCCAGCCAGCAAAGGGCACGUUCCGACGCGUGCACCGCCGUGCUCACACCUACUUACAGCGCAGCACCGUGCGCACAGUGCAGUGCUCCGUACGGAGUAAUACAGGCGCCGAAAAUCCGACAACACGAAAGCUCAGCCUGACCGUCGCCAGCCGCGCCGCCUACCAACGCGUCUGCUCAACUGCAAUUACCAACAUGCACAGUGCAAUUAUAUACAUGCACAGUGCAAUUACCUUCAUGUAUAGUGCUUAG